AUGGGGACUCUCACAAGCGUCGCUUUUGCAGCAGCGAUUAACAUAAGAUUCGGAUCGUUUAACUGCAACCUCCGGGAAAAGAUCAAGACACCAUUGCCCAAGAUUACUACAUCACUGAGAGAGAGAUACUAUUUCUCUUGCACAGAGGAAUAUCAUAGAUUUAGGUUUGUAAAGUGUCUAGGCAAUGAUCAAAACGGUAAUGGCGGAAAAAACGGGGACACCAGUUCUUCGGUCUUUAACACGGCUUCGCGUGAUGAAAAAGACGAAGCAGACGAGAAAAGUAACAUAAGUAGCAACGAGUUCGGUUCCGACAAAAGUCGUUCUGUUUCUCCAAGGCCAUCGCCUAUUGAUCCGACAUACAGCAGCUUCCAAAUUGACUCUUUUAAACUGAUGGAGCUUCUUGGACCUGAGAGAGUAGAUCCUGUCGAUGUGAAGCUAAUAAAGAACAACAUUUUUGGUUAUUCGACAUUUUGGGUCACCAAAGAAGAACCCUUUGGGGAUCUCGGAGAGGGCAUCCUAUUUUUUGGGAACUUGAGAGGAAAAAGGGAAGAUGUUUUCGCAAAGCUUCAGAGGAAACUAGCAGAGCUUGCUGGCGAUAAAUAUAAUCUCUUCAUGAUUGAGGAGCCUAACUCAGAAGGACCAGACCCACGCGGCGGUGCACGCGUUAGCUUUGGUUUGCUUCGUAAAGAAGUCUCGGAGCCAGGACCAACCACGCUCUGGCAGUAUGUGAUUGCUUUCAUAUUGUUUCUUCUGACCAUUGGUUCCUCUGUGGAGCUAGGCAUUGCUUCUCAGAUUAACCGUUUACCUCCUCAAGUGGUUAAGUAUUUUACCGAUCCAAAUGCUGUUGAACCACCUGAUAUGGAGCUUCUAUAUCCAUUUGUAGAUUCUGCCUUGCCUUUGGCGUACGGUGUCUUGGGAAUUCUUUUGUUUCACGAAUUAGGCCACUUUCUUGCUGCAGUUCCAAAGAAAGUAAAGCUUAGCAUUCCUUACUUCAUUCCAAACAUCACACUGGGCAGCUUUGGUGCAAUCACACAGUUCAAGUCAAUUCUUCCCGACCGUAGUACGAAAGUUGACAUCUCGCUAGCUGGUCCAUUUGCUGGAGCUGCACUCUCAGUGUCCAUGUUUGCUGUUGGUUUGUUCCUAUCUACACUCCCCGAUGCAGCUAGCGAUCUGGUGCAGGUUCCCAGCAUGUUAUUCCAAGGUUCCUUACUUCUUGGACUCAUCAGCAGAGCAACUCUCGGAUAUGCAGCUCUGCAUGCUGCAACAGUUUCUAUCCACCCGCUUGUUAUUGCUGGGUGGUGUGGUUUAACAACAACUGCAUUUAAUAUGCUUCCUGUUGGAUGUUUGGAUGGAGGAAGAGCUGUACAGGGUGCAUUUGGGAAAAAUGCACUGGCUACAUUUGGUUUGUCAACCUAUGUCAUGCUUGGACUAAGAGUGCUCGGUGGCCCUUUGGCACUUCCUUGGGGAUUUUACGUUCUAAUUUGCCAGAGAACACCUGAGAAACCGUGCCUGAACGAUGUGACCGAGGUUGGAACAUGGAGGAAGGCCCUUGUCGCGACUGCAAUUAUUCUGGUGGUUCUGACACUCCUGCCUGUGUGGGAUGAACUAGCAGAAGAAGUUGGAAUAGGGCUAAUAACCACAUUUUGA